AAUUUCAAUUUAAUGGAAAAUUAAUAAGAAAUUCGUGACUGAAAAUAACAUAAUUUUCUAUAGAACAAAAAAAUUAUUAUGUAAAAGCUAGAAACAAAACAGUUUAAUAAAAUUUAUCAGUAAAAUUAUGACAAAUUAGUACAACCAGAACACCUUCACUUUGCUCUAACUUUAUAGUUUAAGUCAUACAAUGUUGCUGGAAAUUUUAUUAUUCGUGAUUUUGGUAUUUAUAAUCGAUGGCUUGGCACGCAAUUAUGCCAACAGAAAUUUAGUCAAUGUGCCCGUAAUAUCUAAAUUACCCUUAUUGGGUAGUUUUUUGGCUCUAUCUACUAUAACACCUGACAAUUUCCAUAUAAAAUGGCCGGAAUAUAUUGCUCGCUUUGGCAAAACAUUCUGUGCUCGCGCACUUGGUAAACUGAUCGUUGUUACCGUGGAUCAUCGCAUAGUGGAGGCUGUGCUCAGUAGCCAAGAACAUUUGGAGAAACAUUUUCUCUAUAAAAUGCUUAGCAUAUGGCUAGGCAAUGGCCUAUUGCUGAGUAGUGGCAAAACGUGGCAUAAAAUGCGUAAAAUUAUAACGCCAACAUUCCAUUUUAAGAUUUUGGAGCAAUUUAUUGAGGUGUUUGAUCGUCAAACAGAUGUUUUCGUACAAAAAUUGAUGCUGCUGGCUGAUGGUGAAAGAGUGGUGAAUAUCUAUCAGCAUAUGGGUUUGUUGACUAUGGAUAUAAUAGCAGAAACUGCCAUGGGUGUGAAAAUAAAUGCUCAAAUGGAUUCGAAAUCUGAAUAUGUUAAGGCGGUUUCAGAAGUUACCGACAUUAUGGCCAUACGUUUUGUAAGACCUCAAUUGGCCUAUCUAUCAACUUUUCGUCUUUUGGCGCCAAAAACCUAUCAUCUCCAACAAAAAGACAUUAAAAUCAUGCAUGAAUUUAUCGAGAAAAUUAUAGCCGAACGUCAGCAAUCUCUGUUAAAAGACAAAGAGAAAGGAAACAUGCAAGAUUACAACAAUGAUCCUCUUGAUUUGGGUCUUAAGAAACGUAUGGCUUUACUGGAUGUCUUACUGCAAUCCGAGGUAGAGGGUGAAUCCUUAACGGACAAACAAAUACGUGACGAAGUCAAUACUUUCAUGUUUGAGGGUCAUGAUACCACCACUUCGGCUACAUCGUUUUGCCUGUAUGCUCUAUCGCGUCAUCCCGAAGUGCAGCAGAAAUUAUUUCUUGAAUUGAGGGAAUAUUUUGGAGAUCAAUUAAAUCGUGCCAUAACAUAUAAAGAUCUGCAGGAAUUGAACUACUUAAAUUGUGUAAUUAAAGAAUCGUUAAGGAUGUAUCCACCAAUUUUGGCCGUAGGACGUUGUUUAAAGAACGAUUUGAAAGUGGAUAACUGCUGUCUUCCUGCCAACUCUAAUGUUAUUAUUUUAUUGUGGGAAAUGCUGCGUGAUCCUGCAGUCUUUGACGAUCCCCUACGAUUUCUACCCGAACGUCAUCUUAUGAACAAUGCCCGUGUAAAUGCCUUCAGCAAUAUACCUUUUAGUGCCGGACCACGCAAUUGUAUUGGACAGAAAUUUGCCCAAUUGGAAAUGCGCACGAUUUUAAUUAAAGUUAUAAGGAAUUUUGAACUGCUGCCCUUGGGCGAAGAUGUACAGCCGUCAAUGCAAAUAAUAUUGCGUUCGACUACAGGUAUAAAUAUUGGCCUUAGGCCGCGUUAUUAUGGGAAAGGCACAGAAAAAGAUGUUGUUUAG